AUGAUGCACUCGAUCGCGUUGGCCCUGGUGCCGGCGCUGGUACUAGCGGUACUGCUGGUCAACGUUGCGGCAGCACCCACGCCCGUUCAGGUCGUCUAUACGGGUGAGGAGGGCUGCGCCUGUCCCGCACAGCUUGGCUAUCAGCUGAAUGUGCCCAAUCCGAGCAAGCCCAAAAAAUACGAGGGCGGCGAGUACGGGUAUCGCGUGGAUAAGCCUGUCCAGACCAAGGCAAAGAUAAGCUACAGCUUUGAUUUCACCGUUGAGGAGCCACGUACACCCACACCACCCAAAAACAAGCCGGCCAAGCUGUACGCCAAGGUGGAUCGCGUUACGGCCAACAAAGCAGAUUGUCGCGCCCAGCACAAGUCCAGCUGCAGCUGCAGCAGCUGCUCCACUGCCAAGCCAAGGUACGUAGCCCAGCAGUCCAACUCGAAUCCGAUUGCCAAUGACAAUGCCAAUAGCAAUGCCAUACGUCGUCGUCGUGAUCUGCGUACGCAUGGUUCGCUGAUGCGCAAGCGCCUAAUGCGCCAGCAGCUGUUGCAGGAGCGUCCAGCUCGUUAUGUUAAGUUGUAUCACAAGGAUCUAAGCCCACAGCAGCAGCAAAAGAUGCGCAUGUUGGGACUAGUCCCGGUGCAGGAGAUGUCCUCAUCCAAGACCAAACGCAAGUCGAAAAAGACGCCCGCUCAAAGCAAACGCUGGCCGGGCUUGGGGCGUCACUUGAGCAAACGUGACAUUAAGGGUGAAUAUGAUCUGCUGGAGCAGGAGCGCGCCAACGCCGAUUUAACGGCUCCAGAGAUCAUACAAUUCAUGCCGGAAACGCUAAAUCCCAGUUUUAAGCGUGGACAGUGCCAUAUGAGCUGUGGCGCCAUUACAGCCACUGCACCACCCGAAACCACAGAUGAUGCUCAACAGUUCAGCAGCACAGGCGGCACCGAACAGCCUGAGCAGCCAGAGCAGCCAGAUCAGCGGCAGCAGUCACAGCAGCAGGAGCAACAAGAGCUGCCGGAGCAAGCAGACCAGCAGGAACUGCCACCACCACCAUCGCUGGUUAACUCAAUUCCCGCCAAGCGUGCUGCGCUGGGCUUUUACCCACAGCAGAUACCCUCACCGCUGACCGGCGUCUACAAUGAGUAUAGAUUUGUGGAUGACUCGCAUCUGCGCUCUUUGCUGUCGACCACCUCGGUGCCAGAUCCAUUGGAGCAAAGCUCUACGCCGCUGCAAUUUGCCGGCGAUUUACAGUCGAUAAGUCCACGCACCUAUUCAAGACCCGUGCUUGGCGUUGGCGGUGGUUAUCCCGUGGAGCAUGUGGCUCGCAAUCAGCUGGACAGCAUUAUAUCGGGCCUUGUGUACCAGCAUCCGGAUUAUGUUGAUAACAAUUCACAUUAUGGUGGCACCCUGGUGGAUCCAGAGCCCGAGCAAAAGAAGCAAACAACCGACUUUCUCAAGAAGCUCAUCGAUGGUCGUCUGGGCGGUUGGGGCUUCGAUACCUCCACUGAGCCCGAAUCGGCGCUCCGAGCUGAUUACUCGACAACGCCCUCCAAGACGUAUGGCUACAAUAGUCACACCCACGACGGCUACAGCGUGGAUACAUACAAUAUGCCGCCCAUCAGCGACUAUCUGCGCGCCUGGUUCUAG